AUGGCCCUAACGCUCACCUUCUUCGCGCUCCCCCCGCUCCCCCUCCCACCGUCCCCAUCGCCGCCAAAGCCGCCGCGCACAAGCUUCGCCGACCUGCCCGACGAGCUAGUGGCGCACAUUGCCUCGCUCGCGUGCCCGGCAGCAGAGAACAGCCUCGGCGAGCACUGGAUCAACCUCGGCCCCCCGGCGCGCGGGUACGGCGCGCGCGAUGUACGCGCCCUCCGCGCCACAUGCCGCCGCGUCCGCGACGCCAUCAGGCCGCGCGAGGUCGGGAUCGAGAUUCGCGACGAGUGGGACGCGCAUGCGCGCCUUGUGCGCUGGGCUUCUGCCCCCGACGAGGUGCUGCGCCGGGUCAGAUACCUGCGCUUCACGCCCUCGCGAUCGCCCGACCGGCCCGUGCCCCCGCUCACCGCGCUCGCGCGCUUCGAGCUGCUCGUCGGCGUGCUCUCGCGCGCGGCCAACCUCGCGUCUGUCGAGCUCGCGCACAACCCGUUCUGCUCGCACGAUGCCUACGGCGCAGGCCAAGAACGGUACUUUGCGCUCGGGCGGCACGGGGCCGAGGACGCGGGGCUGACCCUGCCGGCGCUGCGCUCGCUCGACGUCGCGCUCAAGUGCCGCGUGUGCAGCGCGCACAUGACGUACCUGCUUGCGUCUUGGUCGCCCGGGCUGCAGCGGAUCAAGUGCGCGAGCGUCACUUUCGCGCCCGUGAGCACGAUCGCGCCGCUCGUGGGCGUGCUCGCGCGCGCGCCCCUCACGAACAUACACAUCAAGGUCAGCGACGAGUGGGACCCCGUCACCGUGCUCGCGGCACUACGGCCCUGCGCGGGGACGCUGCAAGAGGUGUUCGUCGCGCCGUACGACACGAGCCGGAAAGUGCAGGUAGUGUACUCGCUCUCGCCGGCACACGGGCCUCCGCCGCCAGAGGACAACGACGCGCCCGCCGGCGGCGCAGAGGCGCGCGCGCGCUGGCUCUCGCCCGGCGGCGCGCUCUAUUCCCAGCUGGCGCACUACCGCGCCUUGACGUCUCUCGACCUCUGCCUGUCGCCGUCCGCCAUUGUGCCAGGCCUGGCAGACGACUGUGGCGAGUGGCGCGACGCCGCAGCCUUCGCUGCCGAGGAGCUGCUCGCCGCCUGCCCCACCCUCGUUCGCGGGUGGUGGUGGACGCAGGUCGUCGACCUCGACUACCGCCAGCUCAAGGGCUACGAGCGCUGGGGCUGGCGUGUCGGUGCCGGCGAGGGCGGCGGGCACGCUGGCGGCGUUGUGCUCGACGCUGCGCCGCGCUGGAUCAGCCCCAUGGUCAAUCGCAACCAGGACGCCCAGGGCACUGCGCAGAGUAUCCCCAUGCAAGAGCGGCGCGCAAGGCGCAAGGCGCAAGACACGAGCCGCGAGACGGGAGAGCAAGACUGA